AUGACAAUCUCCCUUUUGGUCACGGUGCAGGCGGGAGGUCCCUCUGCUCGAGCGCUUGUCCUGCUGGAGGACAGCGAGGGUAACACUGUUGGCACUGUUGUGCAGGACCUCAAUGAUCAGCUGAACUCAGAAGAGAAGAAGAAGAGAAAGCAGAGAAGGAACAGGACUACCUUCAACAGCAGCCAGCUGCAGGCAUUAGAGAGAGUCUUUGAGAGGACACACUACCCCGAUGCCUUUGUACGGGAAGACCUUGCACGCAGAGUCAACCUCACUGAAGCCAGAGUUCAGGUGUGGUUCCAGAACCGGAGAGCCAAGUUCCGCCGGAACGAGAGGGCGAUGCUGGCCAGCAAGAAUGCCUCUCUGCUCAAAUCCUACUCAGGGGACGUGACCGCCGUGGAGCAGCCCAUAGUACCUCGCCCAGCUCCGAGACCCACUGAUUAUCUCUCCUGGGGCACCGCCUCGCCUUACAGUGCCAUGGCCACCUACUCCGCCACGUGUACCAACGCCAGCCCGGCGCAGGGCAUGAACAUGGCCAACAGUAUUGCCAACCUGAGACUGAAGGCAAAGGAAUAUAGUUUACAGAGGAAUCAGGUGCCCACAGUCAAUUAACGACUGGAGGCAGCUGCCUUGCAGAAGGAGAAAAUGCAACAGCGCCCGUCCUGCUUCGCAACUUGUCUGUGCUGAACUAAAAAAAACAAAAAAAAAAAGAAAAAGAAAAAAAAAAAACAUAAAAAGAAAAGAAAAUAAGAAAAAAAAAGAAGAAGAAGAAGAAAAACAGCCAACCCUCGCCCAGAACUGAACAUGGGGAGCAAACUGAACCGCUCGUGAGUGACAAGGUUCCUCCUUCCUUUUGGGAUAAUGCCACCAUUUUUUUUUUUCUUGUUAUUGUUGGGUUUAUUGCUUCUGCUCAAUAUACUACGAGCUUCUUCAGUAAAGGACAGUCUCACCCUUGUUGGUUUCCAUUUUUGUAUGGGACUGCAAAAAGAAACCUCUGCCAGUCUCAGCCCAGGGACAAGUCCCACCACCACCGUGCUGAGAUGCAAAGCUUGCUCCUCUCCCUGCUGCCCCAGCUCAACCGUGGAGAAGUUGCUUGGUCACCGCUUUCCAUUGCAUCCACCUGGCCCUCAUCCCUCCAUCCCUUGUACCACAGAGGCAGCACCAUUAGUGAUAGUCUGUGAGAAGCCUGUUAGUGCAACGAGAUGGAUUCAUCCUGUCUGGGUUGCCUGGACCACUCCAAGGUGUGAGGAAGACCUCCUUGGGCUUCAGAGCACUUCGUUGCUUUGCUGGGUAUUGCCAGCACUGCUGCCUCAAAAAGCCAAAGAGAGAAAAGCCAACGUGGGUGUGUGAACAGGGGGAGGGCAGCGGAGGGAUCGCUCUGUAGUGCCAAGAAUAGGACUGUUAGGACACUCCUUUCUAUGCCUUACAGUUUGUGCCA